AGCUCGACGCUCCGGCGCUUUGACAGCUGGCUCGGGCAGGAGUUGUCCGGUUGAUGGACCGCAUUUUCCUGCGGAGGAUAUUUCACUGAAGCGGGAGUCAGCACCGGACUGAAGCCGCCCCGCAUCGCUCACGGUCCGGCCAUGGAUGAGCAGGCGGGCCCCGGUGUCUUCUUCAACACCAGCGGCAGCUCGGGCUUACCCGGCGCGGGGAACGUUAAAGCUCCGCAGCCCGGGGACGGCGGCGGAGAGGCGGCCCGGGCUCAGUACAGCAUCCCGGGGAUUUUACACUUUCUCCAGCAUGAGUGGGCCCGCUUCGAGGUGGAGAGGGCCCAGUGGGAAGUGGAGCGGGCCGAGCUGCAGGCUCAGAUCGCCUUCCUGCAGGGCGAGAGGCGGGGCCAGGAGAACCUGAAGAAGGACCUGGUGAGACGAAUCAAGAUGCUGGAGUACGCUCUGAAGCAGGAGAGAGCCAAAUACCACAAACUGAAAUAUGGCACCGAGCUGAACCAGGGAGAAAUCAAACCUCCGAGUUACGACUCAGACAACGACAACGAGGCUCCGAGUCCUCCGAACAGCAGCCAUCAGCUCAGCUGGAAACAAGGACGCCAGCUGCUCCGGCAGUACCUACAGGAGGUCGGAUACACGGACACCAUCCUGGAUGUGAAGUCUCAGAGGGUGAGGGCGCUGCUCGGUCUUGCCGGAGACACGGGAGACAAACCGUCAGAGAAGAAAACUGAGCCGAUGGUCAACGGCACCGAGCCGUCCUCGCUGAAGGACAGCGGCAUGGUCAGUAAGCCCGACGUGUCCGAAUCGGCCACCGUGCUGGAGGCCUUCAAGUUCAUCGAGAGCGCCGCAGCAGAGUUCAGCGACGAGGACGAGGACGAGGACAGCGAGGGGAGGGACAAAACCAUCCUGGACCUGGCUGCAAUGGUGAGAAAGAAACACUCGUCAACGCCGUCUUCCACGACCUCUGACCUCAGCGAUGACCUGGACACGGAGGAGGCGCUGAAGGGUUUUGAUUUCUUGGCGAGUCCAGACGAGCUGGACGGAUCGCCCGAGUCAAGGAGCGGGGACGACAGCGGCGAGUGGGAGAAGGAAGAGCAGUCUCCUCUGGGUGAAAUGGCCUGGGAUGUGGACCAGGGACUGAUAGCCCAGCUCAAGGAGCAGUACAGGAAGGAACGCAAGGGCAAGAAGGGGGUGAAGAGACCAAACCGGUCUAAGCUGCAGGACAUGCUGGCUAACCUGCGGGACGCCGAGGACCUGCCCUCCAUGCAGCCGGCCGUGACGCCCCCCUCUCGGUCGAGCGUGCCCAGGCUGAACGAGCACGAAGUCGGACGCCCCGAUGACGAGGCGAUGACGUUCCUGCCGUCGUCGGGGAAGUCGUUCAUUCUGGGCAGAGUGGACGAGGCGGUUUCUAACGAGCUCGGAUUGGGAGAGCUGGCCGGACUGACCGUCGCUAACGAGGCCGAGGGCUUGAUGUACGACAUCGCCAACAACAAAGAUGCUCUGAGGAAGACGUGGAACCCGAAGUUUACCCUGCGGAGCCACUUUGACUCGGUGCGCAGUCUGGCCUUCCACCCGGUGGAGCCGGUUCUGGUCACCGCCUCCGAGGAUCACACCCUCAAACUGUGGAACCUCCAGAAGACGGCGCCCGCCAAGAAGUGCGCGGCGUUGGACGUGGAGCCCAUCUACACAUUCAGAGCCCACAGCGGUGCCGUGCUGUGCGUCACCAUGAGCUCGAGUGGCGAGCAGUGCUUCAGCGGUGGCGUAGACGGCACCAUUCAGAGCUGGAACACCCCCAACCCCAACAUCGACCCCUACGACUCGUAUGAGCCGUCCGUCCUGCGGGGGGCGCUGUGCGGUCACACGGACGCGGUGUGGGGUCUGGUCUACAGCUCGGCUCACCGCCGCCUCCUCUCCUGCUCGGCCGAUGGGACGGUGCGGCUGUGGAACGCCGCCGACACCUCGCCGUCUCUCGCUGUUUUCAACGAGCGAGGAGAGCUCGGAGUUCCGACCUCGGUCGACCUGGUGAGCAGCGAGCCGGCUCACAUGGUGACGUCCUUCGACACCGGACACAUCGGACUCUUCAACAUGGAGACGCAGCAGCUCGUCCUGAAGCUGGAGUCGGCCGGUCCUCCAGAAGCUCCCUGCAAGAUCAACAAAGUGCUGAGCCAUCCCACGCUGCCGAUCACCAUCACCGCUCAGGAGGACCGCCACAUCCAGUUCUUCGAUAACAACACAGGUAAGCUGAUCCACUCCAUGGUCGCCCACCUGGACGCCGUCACCAGUCUCGCUGUGGAUCCAAACGGCCUUUACCUCAUGUCAGGAAGUCACGACUGCUCGAUCCGUCUGUGGAACAUGGAGAGUAAAACCUGCAUCCAGGAGUUCACCGCACAUCGUAAGAAGUUCGAGGAGUCCAUCCACGACGUGGCGUUCCAUCCCACCAAGUGCUACAUCGGCAGCGCCGGGGCCGACGCGCUCGCCAAAGUCUUCGUAUGACCUGAAUGUGGUCAGCUGACCGCCCCGACACACUUAGUGGGGUUCUUAUUUUUGGACAGAUGGAGGUCGCUUCCUCUGCAGAAGGUGACCCCACCUCAUUCCCCCCCACGCCCCCCCUUUAAGAUUCUUCUCGUGCUAAGCCCCGCCCCCUGCUGGACUCAGGCUGGCCCGGGUUCACAAAACAAACUGACCUCUGAGUGAGGGAAGACGUUAUCACGCAGCUCCGGGCUCGCCGCAGACGUCCGUCUCAUCGUAACGUGCCUUCUUUCUGUCGGACGCUCAGAACAAACCCGAGACGCCGGAGACGAGUCGGGACGGGGAGGUGAUGGCGGCCAAGUUUAACCUUCACACGACCUCCGUUUGUUAGUCUGUCGUCCUGAGCUGAGCGGCUGCGAGGACAGUCCUGGAUCUGUCCCCGCCUUUAGUGUGCUCCACCUGAGCCACGCCCACACAGGCGGGAACUUUGGCCGCUGUUCCACGUUGGUUCCAUCAGGUUCUCGUCCCUGCUGUUGGCGAUGACCUGGCGCUCGGUGGGAAGCAACAUUAAAGACAAUCGGAGCCUGAUUGGCUCCAGCCUCAAACAUCCGAACAUGAAGGUCCUCACUGCGCUCUGCAGAGUCCACGCCGUGAUGUGGAGAGGGCGGGGUUAACCUGAGAGGGCGCCACCUGCUGGGACCACCAAGACACUGACGCUCAGGCUGUGACUGAGCAGUAACCCUUCACUGAAUCAAUCAUCAAGGUUCAACAGAGUCCGUUUGGCUCCACCUGAGCUCUGAUGGGGUUUCUUUGCCUCCUCCUCCUGCUCCUCCUCUUCCUCCUGCUCCUCCUCCUCCUGCUCCUCCUCUUCCUCCUGCUCCUGCUCUUCCUCCUGCUCCUCCUGCUCCUCCUCUUCCUCCUGCUCCUCCUCUUCCUCCUGCUCCUCCUGCUCCUCCUCUUCCUCCUGCUCCUCCUGCUCCUCCUGCUCCUGCUCCUCCUCCUCCUCCUGCUCCUGCUCCUCCUCCUCCUCUUCCUCCUGCUCCUCCUGGAUCUUUGAUCCGCUGAGCUUUCUGUUCUAAACCCUGAGCGACGCUAACAGGGACUUUUUGGGAAACCUCACCUGGAAGGUUCUCCUCACUCACUCACGGGUUGUAAGAUAUGUGGCUGCUUUUGUGGGCGUGACCCUGCGGCUAAGCUUUUCUCUCCGGAAAUCAAACGGGUCGGCCCGGACGCCUCCGACUAAUCCCGACGCCUGCUGUUGCUAAUGCUAAUUACCUUCUUGUAACAUACCUGAGUAACACCUGUGCUGCGCCCCUCAGACCUGCUUUCCAAGCCGGAGGAUUCCUCUGAUGUGCUCGGUUUGUUCACCGUGAGACGCAGGCAGAUCUUUUUUUAUUCUGUUUUACUUGAAAAGUGUCGUUUCUUCUUUUUGGGGUUUCUGCUGAUGUUUUAAUGACUUUUGUGUUUUUUAACCAAACGCAUCAUGUCAGACAGCAGCUGCUUCCCGUCGUGGUGUGAAACGGUCGGCGUGUACAAAGAGUUAACAGAUAUAUGUGUGUACAGUUUUUAGGUAUUAAAGCAAAUCUAUUUAUUAACUGGUGUAAAGAGUGUAUUUAGGGCAGUUUUAACUGGUUGGUGAGCAGAAAGAUCAAACGUUGAGUGUUUGUGUUCAGCUUUCCUGUAAACUUGUGUAGAACAUGAAUGCAGUCAGAGACGUGAACGCUUCCUUUAAAAGCUUUUUAUCCAUGACUUUCACCUUUACCUGCACACCUCUGUGUUCAAGGGUGUUUUCAAAAGUUUUGUCCGUGAUACGAGCGGGCAACUUCCUGUUUGGUUUCCAAAGUAAGAGCAUAUCCACACAGCCGGCUGAUUUCUGCAUUAAAAUGAAUCAAUUCAA